CUUCUUCAGGAGUCGACUCUGAAGUCCGUACUGAGCGCGCUCUGGAACCUGUCGGCUCACUGCACGGAGAACAAGGCGGACAUCUGCGCGGUGGACGGCGCUCUGGCGUUUCUGGUGGGAACGCUGACUCACCGCAGCCACACCAACACGCUCGCCAUCAUCGAGAGCGGCGGCGGGAUCCUCCGCAACGUCUCCAGCCUCAUCGCCACCAACGAAGCGCACAGGCAGAUCCUGCGUGAGCACGGCUGCCUACCAACUCUGCUGCAGCACCUGAAGUCCCACAGUUUGACCAUCGUGUCCAACGCCUGUGGGACGCUCUGGAAUCUGUCGGCCAGGGACGCCAAAGACCAGGAGGCAUUGUGGGAGCUGGGCGCCGUCGGCAUGCUGCGUAACCUCAUUCACUCCCGGCACAAGAUGAUCGCCAUGGGCAGCGCCGCCGCCCUGCGCAACCUGAUGGCCAACCGGCCGGCACGCUACAAGGACACCAGCGUGGUGUCGCCGGGCGCUGGCGCCCCGUCGCUGCACGCCCGCAAACAGAAGGCGUUGUUCGAGGAGCUGGACGCCCAGCAGCUGUCUGAGACUUUCGACAACAUCGACAACCUCAGCCCGAAGGCGGCGCACAGGAAGGGGCGGGGCUGUAAUGGCGCCGGAGGAGGAGGAGCGGGAGCGAGUGCGACACGCUCGUACACCAACACGCCGGUGCUGUCGAGCCCGAAGAACGGAGACGGAUCGAAGAGGAUGAGUGAGGAGGUGCCGUACGCCCGGACGGUGUUCCCGCCCAGCGUCCGAGCGUCCAGCGACAGCCUCAACAGCGUCACGAGCGCCGACGGGUACGGAAACCGCGGCAAGACGAAACCGUCGACGGAGCCGUUCUACUCGUCCGAAGAGAACGGAGCCAACAAGUGCUGCGUCUACAGGAAGUACCCGGCCGACCUGGCGCACAAGAUCCGCAGUGCCAACCACAUGGCGGACGACGACGGCGCUGAGUUGGACACGCCCAUCAACUACAGCCUCAAGUACUCGGACGAACAGCUGAACUCUGGGAGACAGAGUCCGAGUCACCGCGGCAGCAUCGAGAGCGACGAGGACGAAGAGCUGAACGGCAGGCUGAGGAGGAGGAACGACGGCGGCGACCCGGCAGCGACUGGCAGCCGCGUAGCGUCCGCCGCGCAGCCUCGCUAUGUCGUUGUAGUGGCAAAUUCAAACUACGGCGGUGACGCGGCGGUCGAGCAGCCAAUCGACUACAGCCUGAAGUACGGCGCCGACGCCACACGAAAACCUCUGUUCAAGCCGGAGGAGACCGCCGCCCCCUCCGGCCCGCCUCCUCCGCCGUCCUCUGGCAACAAGCUCCGCCCCCCUCCGCCCCCAGCCAAUCGGACGGUGCCAAAAGGCAACCAGGAGUCGACGCAGACAUACUGCGUGGAGGACACGCCCAUCUGCUUCUCCAGAGGCAGCUCGCUCUCCUCGCUGUCAUCGUCGGAGGAAGAUGAAGACUGCGAUGUCAUCGAGAGGAAGAGGAGAGGCGGGAGGGGCGGCAGCGGUAACGAUUACCCGACACUUCCUGUCAGCGAGAAAGACGCACAUGAGCAUCAGCAGAGGCAGCAGAAGGAGGCGGAGAGCCAGACCGCCACUGCUGCCGCCGCCGCAGCAGCAGCCGCCGCUUCCACUCCCUCCUCCCGAGGCCGACGUGGUCACCACCACCAUCACGGCCACGCCCACCACCAUCACCACCACCAUGUGACAUCAUCAUCAGGCGCCAGGACUCCCAAGAGUCCUCCGGAGCAGCCGUACGCUCAGGAGACGCCGCUGAUGUUCAGCCGCUGCACGUCGGUCAGCUCCCUUGACAGCUUCUCUACGUCCUCCAUCGCCAGCUCCGUGCGCUCCAGCGAGCCGUGCAGCGGCAUGCCGAGCGGCGUGGUCAGCCCCAGCGACCUGCCCGACAGCCCAGGACAGACCAUGCCGCCGAGCCGUGCCAAGACGCCGCCGCCACUGCUUCCUCCGCCGAUGCAGAGCGCCAAGGAGGAGGAGAAGACCAAGAAGAAGGACGAGGAGGAGAGCAGCGCGGACGUCCUGCUGCACUUCGCCACGGAGAGCACGCCGCACGGCUUCUCCAGAGCCUCCAGUCUGAGCGCGCUCAGUCUGGACGAGCCGUACAUCGCGGCGGAGAUGAGAGGGAAUGAAGAGGAAGAUGAGGGAGGGAACGAGGAGAGGAAGGACGAGGAGGGGACGAAACCCAUCCUCGACGAAUCUGACGACGACGAGAUCCUGGAGGCGUGCAUCAACAUGGCCAUGCCCAAGUCGUCACGGAAACCAAAGAAACAGCAACAAGCAGCACCAAGGAAACCCAGCCAGCUUCCUGUUUAUAAGCUCCACCCACCUCAGAGUCGCGGCCAAUCGCAGCAGAGGAAGGACGCGCCUCCGCCACCGGAGGAGGUGCCGAGAGUUUACUGUGUGGAGGGAACCCCGCUCAACUUCUCCACCGCCACCUCGCUCAGUGACCUCACCAUCGACUCCCCGCCCAAUGAGGAGGCAGCAGCAGCCGCUGCCGCACCCGUAGCCCCGCCCACCUCCGGCCAGAGGAGAGGGGCAGGGCUCCCGGAGGGUGAGAAUGGUGACGACAUCCUCGCCGAGUGCAUCAGCGCUGCCAUGCCCAAAGCCAAACCCAGAAAACCAAUCAGAGCGUCGGUGAACAGCGAGCACCUCCAAGCCCCGCCUCUUCCUCCUUCGGUCCCGCCCCCUCUCGCCCUGCAGCAGCAGCAGAAGAAGAAGCCGACAUCGCCGGUGAAGCCGAUGCCCCAGCGGGCGCCGUACGGCGUCGCCAAAGCAAAACCGGGGUUUGCCUUUGACUCGCCGCACCACUACACGCCCAUCGAGGGCACGCCGUGCUGCUUCUCGCGCAACGACUCGCUGAGCUCGCUUGACUUUGACGAAGACGACGGUGGCGGCGGCGGAGGAGGAGAGAAGGACGAGGAGAAGAAAAAAAAAGAAGAAGAAGGCAGGAAGAGGAAGCAGCAAACGGCGGCUGUUUUCCCACGAACGAAACCGGCGACGGAGUCCGACGAGAAGCAGAAGUUUGCCAUCGAGGACACGCCCGUCUGCUUCUCCAGGAACUCGUCUCUGAGCUCUCUGAGUGACAUUGACCAGGAGAACAACAAUAAGGAGUUCGCUCCGCCUCCGCCGCCCGGGAAGAAAGAUGGCAGCAAAGCAGGAGGAAAGUCUCCUCCUCCUCCUCAAGAGGAGUUGAAGCCCCGCCCCCCGGCGGCGAGCUGCUACGCUCCCAAAGCGUUCCACGUGGAGGACACGCCCGUCUGCUUCUCCAGGAACUCGUCGCUCAGCUCGCUGAGCAUCGACUCGGAGGACGACCUGCUGCAGGAGUGCAUCAGCUCCGCCAUGCCCAAGAAAAAGAAGAAGGCUGCAGCUGCUGCCGCUGCCGCUGCCGUGGCCACGACGGUUCCUGCUUCCAAAGCCGAGGAUAACAUUUUGGCCGAGGAGGAGCCUUCGGAGGCGCCGAGAAGCCCCGCCUCCCCUGACUCGGAGACAUUCGAUUGGAAGGCGAUCCAGGAAGGUGCCAACUCCAUUGUCAGCAGCCUGAACGCUGCAGCCGCUGCCGCGCCGCUGUCACGCCAACCGUCAUCGGACUCCGACUCGGUUCUUUCCCUGAAGUCUGUGGGCUCGCCGUUCCGCCUUCCGGCAGCCAAUAACAACGCAGAAGAAGAAGGGGAGGAGAAGGGGGAGGCGGCCAUGAAGCGAGGGGGGAGGAUCUUGAAGGGCGGAGAACGCAGCACGCUGGAGGCCAAGAAGAAGAAGGAGGAAAUAGAGGAGGAGGAGGAGGCGGCGGAGGCGUUGAGAGGCGGGAAGAAGGUGUACAGGAGUCCUUUCACGGGGAAACCGAGGGCGGAGCCAUCUGCCAGGGGGCGGAGCAAGCCCAGAGCGGCAGCCGUGGCCAAACCUCCGGGAAGCAGCGACGGCGCCGACAGAGGAGGUGGGUCCUCUCGGGACUCCACGCCGUCCCGCUCUUCCUCGGCAGCCAAUCAGAAAGGAGGGAAGCUGCUUCAGAUGCCGCGCACGGCGUCUCCAGGAAGUGCGUCAUCGUCAUCGUCUUCGGCCUCCAGACCGGCCAAACAGAGUGGGCCGGCGAGGAGCGGCGGUAGCGGCGGAGGCAUCCCGAGGAGCGAGUCGGCAUCGAGGGUCGGCGCCUCAACGGCGGCCAAGAAGCAAAAGGCGGAGCCAGAGAAGCCAGCGCUGGUCCGUCAAUCGACCUUCAUCAAAGAAGCGCCGAGUCCGACGCUGAAGAGGAAGCUGGAAGAGUCGGCGGCAGCGACCGUAACGGCGUUAGAGUCACCGCCCAGCCCCGAUACGCCGCUACCGUCAACGACCAGGCGACACGACGUCAACCGCUCGCACUCCGAGAGCCCGUCACGCCCACAGGAAGUGACAUCAUCGCGGUUCAGCCGCACGGGCACCUGGAAGCGGGAAAGUAGCAACGCUGGAGGAGGAGGCGGGAGCAAACACUCGACGUCGUUGCCGCGCGUGGGGACGUGGAAGAGGACGGGAAGCUCGUCAUCGGUGUUGUCGGCGUCGUCGGAGUCCAGCGAGAAGGGGCGGAGCGAGGAGGAGAGUAGCGUGAGGUCGCAGGGAACGUGGAGGAAGGGGAAGAGCGGUGGCGACUCAUCGGCCGGACGCUUCUCCGACAAAUCAGAAGACGUGUGGGUCCGUCUGGAGGAUUGUCCCGUCAACAACCCGCGCUCCUCCUCUUCCUGUUCGGCUCGCUCUCCCACCACCAACGCCCCGCCUGUCAUAGACAGCCCCGCCCCCUCCAAGAUCCCCUCCUCCUCCUGCUCUUCCUCUUCUUCCUCCUCCAACCUCAACCUGCGCCGGAGCUGUGAGAGCCUCGACGACAAGCCGGCGCCGCCCGAACGCCCUCAACAACAACAACAACAACAACAACAGCAGCAGCGCAGUCAGCAGCGGAGCGGCGCCGUGGCAGCUCGGGUUAGCCCCUUCAACUACACACCGAGUCCGAGGAAGAGCAGCUCUGAUGUCACCGCCCCGCCCACGCCACCCACCACCACCACGACAUCAUCGUCUUCGUCGUCGACAACCCCCACGCGACCUUCGCUCAUCCCGACCCCCGUCACUAAGAAACGGGAGCCGAAGGGCGGCGAGGGCGGCGGCAGCGGUGGAGAGCGAGGCUCGUAUAUUGUGACGUCGGUGUGAAAACAGGAAACGGGAAGAAGACUCGUACUUAGACACAAAAUGGCCGCCACAGCUGGGACAGUUGACCGAAACGGAGGAAGUGUAAAUACGGAGGAAGAAAAGCGUCAGAAAGUGUUUGUUUGUGAACCGAACUGUACAGGAAGUGAGUCUGUAUUUAAGUGCUAGCCCCGCCCCCUCACCGGCUCUACUCCCCCCCCCAUUGGCUCUUCUCACCUGCCAGUCAAGGUUCUUUAUUCGAUGAGAGAGAAACUUUAAAAAUUAACUUUUUAUGUUUUUAUACCACUAAAAAUGAUGAGUAGCGCUUAGGUCCGCCCCUUUCUGCCUGUGAUCCUGCAUGGCCCCCUCCCCCCCUUAACGAUGACAGUUACCAUGGUGAUAUAACAAUGAUGAUGUUUCUGCUAGUUGUAGCGUUUUGAAGACGAUUCUGCUAUCGGACGUUUUCAUGCUUUUUUUUUUUUUUUUUUUACGGAGUUUGGUUCUGAAAAAAAAACACAAGAUUUUUCUCCUGUCGUCGGGUAGAAAUUAAUUUAUUCUCUCCUUUUGGAGACAGUUUGGUGAGUUCAACAUGUCAGAUGUGACUUUGCUGCAGUUUGAAAAUGAGGGAUUCACAGUUUGAGUCUUAAAAUAAUCCAAAAACAUUAGUUUGGAUUCUCAAGAAAACUUGUUUCUGGGACAUAAAAUGUUAUGUUGACAGAUGUUUGAACAGAUGUUUAGAUCUAAAGACUUUCUGUCAGAUGGAUGUAAAAAAAUCAGUUUUUCAGAACCUCACUCGUCACUCUCACGAAGGCAUUUAUUCCAGAGGAGACGUUUGCUGCCAGCCGACUGAACUUUAAAAUGAAACCACUUUGAAACGUUUUGAGUCCGUUCUUGAAUUUCCUGGUGAAUAUUUUGGAGGAUUUUGCAUUUUGAAGAAAUGUUGGCUGAGAAACUUCCCGCUCUGUCUCUCGUUGCAAAAACAAAUAACACUGUAAAAACGUAAGUUAUUGCUGUAAAACCUUAAAAUCCUUUUAACUUUGAAGCACAUAAUUUAAAAACAAAAAUGUUUUUUUUGUUGCCAAAAAUAGUGAGUUUCCACCGUGUUCUUCACGCUGUACGCUGAGUUUCUCUGUUUCUGUGUCUGCCGGAGGAAACGAGUCAAAGGCUGAGAUGUUUAACAGAUGAUGAAUAAAAUUCAACGUUUAGGUGCAAA